GCCAGCAAACACAGAGGGCUUGGCUCUUCCCUGCAUCACUUCUAUCACAGUACUCUUUCAUUUAUUUUGUUUGUCGAAUACUCAAGACAAUCAUCAUGGACUCUGCCGACGUGGAAGCACUGCUUGUCAAUGAACCUACUCCAGCUCCGGCGUUGCCUGACUAUGUCCUGGAUGCCGACGCCGUCUUGCGAGACACGGAAGCUGCUUGGAGAUAUGGUCGACCCCCAAACUAUUCGAAUACGAGAAAAGUAUAUGGGCAAUCCAAGAAGAUGUCGCACGAGCCAGGCAGCCUUGAGUCUAUAGUGGAAAACCUCGUCAAGAAUUGGGAGAUUGAGGCAUCAUUCAAGACCUCUCUGGCGGACUGGCGAACUAUUGACCACAAGAAUUACAGCUUCUCUGUCAACGGUGGCCGACCGCAGACUGGCGAAGAAAUGCUCAAGUGUGGGACGUACAAUGCCAUCAUCUCGCCGAAUGAGUUUUACAGUCCUGAGCACUCCGACUUUACCACGAGCCAUAAAACGUUCAAGCGAAUGAUGCCGACAUUUGCGUGGGAGGUGCUCGAGGUCUACAGCGGACCGCCGCGAGUGGCGUUUAAGUGGCGGCACUGGGGAACUAUGAAAAACGAUUACGUUGGAUUUAAUAAUAAGGGGGAGAAGGUUACGGUCAAGGCCCACGGCGGACCAAUCGACAUUGAAGGGAUCACCGUUGCCAAGGUCACGGACGAUCUCAAAGUACAGAAUCUCGAGACAUGGUUCGACCCAAUGGACAUGUUUCGCCAAAUCGCCGUCAACGGCAUUAUCAACAAGGAAAUCAACCCCAUCCCCUCACGCUCUGAGACAUCUUCUCCGACCGGUGAAGCCGACAUAAAUAGCUCCGUCAAGGACAUUACUUUGCCUGGAACCAUCAACGAAGACGGUAGCGCCGGGGUGGAUGGCAUCCGGGCGGAUGCUUCUUCCGAGACAAUUCAAGGGAUGCUCAGCACAACAAUCACAACGGCGGCGGCUUUGACCAAUGAUGAAGCAAAAGACAGUGUGCCUUCGUUGUCGUUGUCUCCUCAUCCGGCUGAAGUACCUGCCACUCCUGAAUAUCUUCCGACUCUUGGUUCAGCGACGACCGAGACCGAGACUGAUUCUGAGACUAAGACUGACAGUGCUGACAUUAUUAACAUUGCGGGCGGGAGCGGGAUCGGGAACGAGGCUGAAAACGGAAGUGUGAUGGAUGAUGGGGGCGCUCGGGUCGCACAAGCGGCCGUUAGCACUGAUGCCGCUACCACACACAGUCUUGCAGAUGCAGAUACACAUACCUCUCCCUUGACAACAAGCGAAGAGACUCACAAUAACGACCAGCACCUGCCGACUUCUCUCACCGACGCCCAACCAGGCGACGCUAUUGCCGCACCGCCGGAAAGUCACGAGACCUUUCUCACUCAUGAGGAACUUGGCUCGCUGACGCCCAGCAUGUGCCCUUUUCUGAAUAAGGAGUAACGGAGAUAUCAGGGUUUGGUAUUCAUGGGUUUUCGAAUGAGGAAGCUUUGUAUGCUGGAUAGCCUGACGCAGUUUUUUUCUUUCUUUUUUUAAUUCAGAGAAAACAUGGCGAUCGGAAAACGUGGAAUGUGCAUGGGUUAAGCGUGGAAUGGAGGAAGAGGGUUGGGAUUGUGUUAACAUUGUCCGGGGGCUUCACAGGGCAAAUUGCUGGCGUUCUGAGCGUCUUGGCGUCUAUGAACGCGGAGGCUAGUUGUGUUCUCAGGAGCCCUUUUGU